UCUGUGCUGCUUGCAGACUACGUCUACUUCGAGAACUCCUCCAGCAACCCCUACCUGAUCCGGAGGAUCGAGGAGCUCAACAAGGUAGUGUGCGCACAUGUGCACGUUGUGUGCUGUGUGUGUGCUUCGCCGCAGUUCCACGCCAUGGACACGCUGCACAGGAGCGUGUACGACGUCGCCAAGGCCAUCUCGGCGCUGGUGCCGCAGGGCGGGCCCGUGCUGUGCCGGGACGAGAUGGAGGAGUGGUCGGCCUCGGAGGCCAGCCUGUUCGAGGAGGCGCUGGAGAAGUACGGGAAGGACUUCACCGACAUCCAGCAGGACUUCCUGCCCUGGAAGUCACUUACCAGCAUCAUCGAGUAUUACUACAUGUGGAAGACCACCGACAGAUACGUGCAGCAGAAACGCUUGAAAGCCGCCGAAGCAGAGAGCAAGUUAAAGCAAGUUUAUAUCCCCAACUAGUAACAAGCCAAAACCGGUUUGG